AAACAAUGUCUCACCAUCAUCAAAAGUAUUAUGAAAGACCAGAUGGAUACGUGUACUCACCUGAGGAAUUGGAUGCUCAUAGAAUUCCAUUGGCUUUUAGAGAUAGAUGCGUCAAUUUUUAUGUCCCAUUCUUCAAGUGCCAAUAAAUCAAAACAGACAAUCUAUUCAAAACGGCUCUUGCAGCUAUCGACUAAACCUUGGAUCAUUGGGGUGGAGACUGCUACAAAGAAAAAAGGGAAUAUCUAAAUUGUGCUAAAGCAGCCUAUCAAUAUUCCCUAGCCGUACCAGUUCAAAAUAUUUAUACUGCCAAUCCAUGGUAUGCUAGUCAAGAAGGUGUCUCAGCCGAAUUAGAAAAAAAUCAUUUUAAUUCACCAGUCCUGUAUUGAGAAAAUAAUCAAAUUUAGUACAAAAUAAAACAUUAUUUAUUAUUUAC